AUGGUGAAUUCUGCUUGCUUCUGGCCGAGGGACUCCACUCGACUCCAGCGGUGGCCUCGGUCCCAAAAGGCGGGAAAGGAGCAAUAUCGUCCCAAAGAGGAAAGAAUAAGGUCGAUCCUCUCCAUGCUCUGGAACGACGAUGAUCGCUGCCUAGUUAGGAGAGCUCUGCGAAGCAGAUCGUCGCUCUUCACCUCCGAGGUUCAAUAUGCCAUCAUGUCCCCCGCCACUUUAUCAGGCGCGCCAGGUCGCGCAGAUUUGACGGUCGUAUGA